AUGGGAGUUUUUGAGGAAGACUGCGUAGUUCGCGUCUCAGCACUCAUCAAAUUAUGGGUUUCUGAAGGAUUUCUAAGACCAGUAAGUGGCAAAAGCUUGGAAACAACUGCAAAAGAGUACUACUUACACGACCUAGUUGAAAGAAACCUCAUUCUAGUUCACGAAUUAGGGUCUACCGGAAACAUAAAGUUGUGCAAAAUUCAUAAUCUUCUAAGAGAUGUUUUGUGGAGAGAAGCCGAGAAAGAGGGCUUUUACAAUGUGAUGGGGCAAUUUAAGUUCCAAGGCUUGAAAGGGAAACGCCGUGUUGUUAUAACAAGAAGCACUUCAAAGAAGGAGGCUGAUGAUGCCUUGCAACGUUUGCCACUUGCUCGUUCUGUUGUAUGUCAUAAUAAGGAAAUCCAACCGCUGCCUAAGUCGAGACUGCUGAGGACAUUGAAAUCAUAUGAUAGAGAUGCCUAUGGAAGCCAUGAUUAUUUGUUGGAUGAUUUGAUCCGGUUUGUUAACCCGCGGUAUCUUGCUGUUGGAGUUGAUAAGGAGUUCCAAUUCACUUCUUCAUUCAAUCUUCUUUGGAAUGUUCAAACGAUUAUUAUCUUGUGUUCCACAUGUGUGUGUGCACCAUAUCAAGUUUGGGAUCAGAUGCCUCAACUUAAGCAUGUUGAGUUUCACAAAGAAGAUUUGUAUCUCCCGAUUCCUCAAAAAAGAAAGAUUGUUGCUAUGAAGAAUCUACAAACGCUCAAAGGAGUGUGUUUCUCGAUGAUUGAUAAGACAACUUUGUCUCUAAAAAUCCCCAAUAUAAAGAAAUUGGGAGUGACACGUGGAGGACUCCCCGAUCUCGACUGUCUGAAUAAACUCGAGUCGUGUUGUUAUUGGGGCGCGCAAGAUGUGAAUGAUAACAUCUUCCAACACUCUCUCAAGAAGUUGAGUUUGGGAUCAAACACCUAUUAUUGGGAAGUGAAGGAAAGGCUGCUAGCAAAGAUAGGUGCAUUACCUCUUCUUGAGAAGCUUAAAUUGGAACGAGCUCAAUUCAAAUUGAAGCAGUGGAAAACAAGUGAAGAUCAGUUCAAAUUCUUGGAACUGAAAUGGUGUAUUCUGGAAUCUUGGAUAACAGAGAGCUCCCACUUUCCGCACCUUGAGCGGCUUCAUCUUUAUGGAUCAAAAGAGUUGGAGGAGAUCCCUCCGGAAAUUUGUGAGAUACCAACGCUGCAAUCAUUUGACUUGGAAUAUUGUAGUGAAUCAGUGGUGGAGUCCGCAAAGGCGAUAGCAGAGGAACAAGAGGAAUUACAAGUUCGUGUUGUGCUCCUCAAAAACAACCACAACCAAGCAUUGCCGAACCUCGCAAGUCGCAACUUUCUAGUUGAAUUUGCGGAUCUUUAG